CAGCUGAGCUUGCUUCAUAUGCGCUGGUUCCGCUUCUGAGAAAGGCCAUGCGCUGGUUCCACUCACCAUGGCGGGCUGCGGCGUCCCUCUCAACAAAACCAGCUCAAUAGGUGUUAUUACUCAUUUCCCCUCAAAGCACCCAAGCUCAUUUGGCUGCAAUAGUGCUUCUGUCGGAGUAAUUCAACUGCAUUCAGUUGCUUCGGCCCGUUGCAACGCUGUCGCAUUGAGAGAUCCUGAAAGGAGCCAUGGCGACGUCAUGCUCUCUGCUGUCGCUGACAUCAGCAGGCGCGCUCGCACCAGCUGCAUUCUGCCAAGGGGUCCGUCUCCGCCCCCGCGCCGGCAGACAAUGCACCCCCCCUCACGCAAACCGCCUGCACAGCAGCGGCAGCAGCUUCUGUGCAGCCUUCUCGCUCCCCCUCAGCAGGCGUGAUGACGUCACGGUGAUGUCAGCGACGGCGGACGGCGCCGCACCUCAGCCGAGGAAGGGUGCCAAGGGCCACAUUGAUGAGACGCUCCUUACUCCCCGCUUCUACACCACCAACUUCGACGAGAUGGAGCGGCUGUUCAACGAGGAGCUCAACCCGCAUCUGAAGCAGGAAGAGUUUGUGGCAAUGCUGCAGGAGAUGGCGGCCGACUACAACCAGCGUCACUUUGUGCGCGGCGCCGAGUUCCGGUCUGCCGCCGAAAAGCUCCAGGGAGCGACGCGCAAAUUCUUCGUCGAGUUCCUCGAGCGCAGCUGCACGGCUGAGUUCUCGGGCUUCCUGCUCUUCAAGGAAUUGGGGCGGAGGCUAAAGAAAACCAAUCCGGUGAUUGCUGAGAUCUUCACCCUGAUGUCCCGGGACGAGGCUCGGCAUGCCGGAUUUUUAAACAAGGCCCUCACCGACUUUGACCUCUCGCUCGACCUGGGUUUUCUCACCAAAAACCGCAAGUAUACGUUCUUCAAGCCCAAGUACAUUUUGUACGCGACUUACCUCUCCGAGAAGAUCGGCUACUGGCGCUACAUCACGAUCUACCGGUUUCUCAAGGACCACCCCGACCGCGUGCUGUACCCCAUUUUUGGAAAGUUUGAGGCCUGGUGUCAGGACGAGAACCGGCACGGGGACUUUCUGGCGGCGGUGCUGAAGAGCACGCCGCAAGAUUUGAAGGACUGGCGGGCCAAGCUGUGGUCGCGAUUCUUCUGUCUUACGGUGUACGUAACCAUGUAUCUAAACGACGUUUCGAGGACGACGUUCUACGAGUCAAUCGGGUUGAACACGAAGCAGUAUGACAUGCACGUCAUCAUCGAGACCAACAAAACAGCGGCCCGCCUCUUCCCCGCCGUAUUGGACGUGGAGAAUCCAAAAUUCCAAGCUGGGCUCGAUAGGUUAUGCGACCUCAAUACGCGAUUGAAGGCCGCCCAGAAAAGCGGCGACCCGAAGUGGCUGCGGAACCUGAAACUCGUUCCGGUGGUCGCCGGAAUCGCAGCGGAAAUCCUGGGCCUGUACAUGAUGCCAGCUGUCGAGGCUGGGUCGACCGAUAUUGCACCGUUCGAGCCUCAGCUUAUGUACUAGGCGGAGGCAGUUCAAAUUGAGCCAUUGAUUCUAUAUGCCUUCGCCACGUGUUUUUGCUUGAUCUUGCGAGUAGAGCAACCAGUGGCUGACGUUUCCGUCAGGCAGGCCAACUGCAAAGGUGCAGAAGCAACCAUCGCACUAGGUGAUAACAAAACAUUGAUUCCUUGUUGAAGCAAUGAAGGGCGGGCUUCACUUUAAUGUUGCUGAUCGUUAUAGUUCUUCUUUGAACAAUACCAUAUGAUCAUAGCUCUUGAACGAUAAGUUUGAGUCCACCAAACAUACUCAAAUUUGAGAAGAUGCGCGCAUAUAAGCGAGAUCGUCAAAGUCGUCAUUCCAGUCGUACGUCCGUUGUCACUGCUGCCGGCAGGGUCAAAACUCUUUGAGAGUCCGACUAAGUUAUGAAAAUUUGUAAGCCCAGUGCCAUCGCGGACUUGCACAGCC